UAACACUUGUGUAUCAUCUGUUCUAACCUUACUCGUUUCCACCAAUUUUAGAAACAUAACGUCACCAUUGGAAGGCCCAUAACAUUUAUUCUAAGACUUGGUCAGGCAACUUAAUAGAGAGAGGCUGUGAGAAAGAGGGAAGAGAUUAAUUGGAAGUUAAAAAAAAGGAAGGCAAAAGAGAGACAGAGUAAAGCAGCGACAAAAAAAGUGAUUCGUUUGGUAAGAAAAAGGGAGCAGGCGAAUGCAAGAAAAUAUAAAGAAGAUAGACAGAGGCAGAUGUGGAAUUAAGUGAAUUGAAUGAGGUCAUAUAAAGCAGCAUAACAUAUUAAAGGAGAAAAAAGAAGAAGUGACAACAAAGGAAAAAUAAAGCAUUUUGGAUUAAAAAAAUAAAACCUGUGGAAUAACAACACAAAGAAACAGAAAUACAGAUGUGCAAAAGGCAUCUAAAAGAAAAUAAGAAAUAGACAUUUUAUAUAGGGCAUCCUGAGCUGAAGGAAACACUUGACCAGCAGACAAUAUACAGAAGCAUAACAUCACGAGCAGCAAGAAAAAUGUAUCCCACACAUUCAGAGUUGGUCCGGGAGCAUAAGGGAAAGGCGUAUGCCAUAGCUAGAGAAGUAAGCGGAUAUGGAGUAGCACAUUUAGAUUUGGGUAAGAAAGUGAGUGUACCCCAGGAUUUGAUGAUGGAAGAGCUGAACUUAAUGCGCAACCGUGGUUCCUGUAUGUAUCUUGAGAGACAGAAACGUGUGCAAAAAUUUAUUUUGGAGAACCCCUCAUUUCGAUCAAGUGCAGGUAGCAAUGCCAACAUCUCACAGUCUGGUCAAGAAGCUGGAGGUGAAAUAUCAGGCAGUGCUGGGGUUGAUGGGAAAGAGAACUACCGCUCAGAGAUCUACAUAGCAGAAGGCAGUAACAAGACUCCACCUAAUGUACCCAAGAAAUCUGCCAAAGUACUGCAGAGAAACAUGUCUCUACAUCCAGAUGCCAUAGCUCCAGGUUACUCAGGACCACUGAAGGGGGUUCCAUAUGAGAAAUUUAAUAGCACAGCCAUCCCUAAGUCUUACCGCUCUCCAUGGAUUGAAGGGCCAGCAUAUGAAUAUAUCACACCUGUCAAUGAAUCGCUCCAGGAACCAUCACAGACACCUCUUAAUGUGACAUAUCGAAGUUAUAACAGAACGCCACUACCUUUUGGAAGUUUGUCUGUGGUUGGUGGUUUAACAGGCCCAACUAUGUAUGAGGAACUACAAUCUCAAAUAGAAGAGGCCACAAGUGGACUGGAACUAAUGUGCCAGAGACCCAGCUUUAACCGGGCACCACGUGGGUGGUCACUCAAAUUCAUACCAGAGUCAGUAGACUUGUAGGGUGGUCAUUCGCUUUAGGAGCUUAUUAUGUUAUUACAUUACUGAUACAGUGGAAAAGGAUCAGCAGCACAUUAGAAUGGUUGCAAACAGU